GAAAUUGGAUUUGAGACGUGGUACAGUAGUUUUUUGUUGGUGACAGCUCCAUAUCCUAUUCCUCCAUUCACAAAAAGUACCUUGAAUUGCUUUAAACAUGGAAAGCAGUGAGGCAUCCGGCCCCCCAAAUCCUUUUUUUUUUUCUUUUUUUUUCAAUAAAUGAGAAUUCGAGGUGUUUAUAAACGGGACACUCAACCUCUGUCUUUCUAUGCCGGGACGUGAAAUGAUGAAAAAGGAACUUAAGGAAGAAGAAAAAGGAGCCAUGGCGAAGGUCGCUCUUGAUACUGUAAGGGAAGAGAGACAUGUAGCACCAGCCCACUACUCCAUGAAAAUUGAUUCCUUCUCGUUGCUUUCCGAUAUGGUUGCUAAUUCUUACCUGGAACAAUAUGAAUCUCGUGAAUUUGAAGCCAGCGGCUACAAGUGGAAAUUGGUUCUGUACCCUAAUGGAGACAAGAGCAGGAAUGGAGAUGGCUACAUAUCUCUGUAUUUGGUAAUGGCAGAUACCACUGGUUUCCCUCCUGGUUGGGAAAUCAAUGUCAUCUUCAAGUUGUUUGUGUAUGAUCAACUUCUGGACAAAUACUUGACAUUUGGAGAUGGGAGAUUGAGGCGAUUCUGUGCCAUAAAGAAUAAAUGGGGGUUUCCCCAGAUGCUUCCAUUAAGUAUUUUUAACAAUGCAUCAAAUGGUUACUUGAUUGGUGAUUCCUGUGUAUUUGGAGCGGAGGUUUUUGUUAUCAAAAGUGAAGGUAAAGGGGAAUGUUUUUCCAUGAUUAAGGAUCCUUCAGAUGGUACUUUUACUUGGGAGGUUCAAUACUUCUCUGGAUUGACAGAAGAAUUUUAUUACUCUCAAGUUUAUUUGGCUGGAGGACAUGAAUGGAAGUUACAGCUCCUUCCGAAUGGACAUAUAAAGCAAAGGGGCAAAUACUUGUCUUUAUUUUUGGAACUGGAUUAUUGCACCAAAUCUCAUACUGGAUGGAAACUGUUUGCGGAAUUCACACUGCGCAUUAAGGAUCAAGUCCAGAGCGAACACCAUGAGGAAACCACCCAAAAAAAGAAAAAUCUAGCUUUUCUAUACAACUAGGCAUCAACAGUGCAACUGCAGGGGAUUUUACUAGUAAUGAUACAUUGGCUUGGGAUAAAAAAGAGUCGUGUUUCUAUGGAUUGAGACUUGCAAAUUGAGAGAUAGAUGCAAGGAGACGGGAACAUUUUGUUACCACUUCCAAUGAAAUCACUGCCAUCUCGCUCUUGGAAGGUUUCAAAUCCUUUUCUUCUCAAGCACACAAUUAAGUAAAAAUGAAAAUUGCUUUAUACUUCUUGUAUAAUCAAGUUUGCUUAUUUAUUUUACUUUUUAUAGGGA